GUUAUAAAGGUGUCCAUUCGCAGCACUGGCCACUACCAAGGCACUAAAAUGGGGCUGCCUAUGCAUAUUGUUGGGCCGGGCUUUCUGGUUCCCGUCGUUUCAUCAGAAGCUGCAUCAUGUAUUCAAGAGAAGCCUAGAAGCGGGGAGUUCAAAAAAAGUUAGCGUGAUGCAAGACCAAUUCCAUCUAUGGUCGAAGGCGUGCUCGCAACCAAGCAAGCUCGCGGAAACCUCGAAUUCUUGGACUCUGGUAGUACAAAGACCCCCGUUUGGCCAGGGACAGGGUCUGCAAGAAGAGGGGCAGCGUCGCCGUGUGGCCCCUCUUGAUGGGUCAGAGAGGACAGCCAGACCCAUGGGUUGGACACUUGCCGGCUCCACGGAUUGACUGGACUGAGUUUACACAGUAACUAGUAGUUACUCCCCAAGAACCCGGUCACAAACUUGCCAGCUCCAACCAGUCAUCGGCUACGCAGCGAAAUAGGUCUAGGCGCGUGAUUUCGCUGCAGGUUGCAGUUAGGCCUCAGCCAUGCCACGCCCCUCCUGUUGUCGUUUCAAGCAAAUCGCCAUUUUUCUCGCCCCUCCUCCUUGGAAGCAGAGACAUCGACCAUCAUCAUCAUCGAUAGAACCAUAGCUUUUGUUCUAAAGGUCGAAGUUUUAGUUUUAUUAAUAAUCGUCGGAACACACCUAAACGCACGCCGACUACUUUCUCCAAGAACAGGCAGGCUCCGAUGGAAGGGGAUCCGCCCACUUCACUACGUCCAUUGAUUUAAGAAUUUUGCGCUGAUUCGGGUGGUCUCAGUCACAAAAGCAUUGGCUGCAGUUCCUCGCUUCCUUCAAGUCUGUUAUUCGUCGUAGAAUUUUCCUCUUGGGAUGCUCCUUCGCACAUGCAGCAUGUAGUACAUACAUGUACCAUUUCUUAUUUGAGCCUAGGGUCUUGUCCUUAUUCACCCGCAAGGUUGCGUUUUCACCCAAUCCCAAAGCCGAUUCCGGGCUCGUUCGUUUCGCAUAUCGGAGAUGCAGCUUUUGAGCAGCUCAACUUUUCCUCCAAAGGGACUAGAUCCCGGGACACUUUCAGCGCAGUUCCCACCCGAAAAAGCUCGAGAAACAUAGUUGGUGGCGGUUAAGAAUACCCGAAACCAGGAUAUCUGGAUCUGAGCUGCACGAUGAUCUGGCCAAUGGAUGGAGUAAGGGAUUUUAAAAUAUGCAUGGGAGAUUAACUUUUAUCAUCCAUAUGGACUGCGUCCCAAUCUUCGCUUCGGUUUCCUAGGGGAAGAACGAAAAAAUAUUGUAUCAGUACAUGCAAUAUAUACCUCGAUAUUGUCGCCGUUUCAACAAUGGCAACAUUCCUUUUGAUAGACUUGACCAACUUCCUCUCUUGGAAACCCACUUUGCAAUGCCUGUGACGCUUGAUAGGGGGUUUGGAGAUACAAUUACCGCAGAGUGUCCUAUGUUGACGUCGACCCUUCAGCUCCCCAGUUGCAAUGAGAUGGGUUAUUUGUUGUUGGAGCGUCUAUCUCUUCCACCUUUUAAGCUAUGGGGGUUUCUCGAGACACCCCCAGUUUUGUUUGCUACCCGUUUGGUUGACUCUUGGUGAAACUAAGGACGAGAAAAUAACCCAGAAUGUCGUCCAGAUGAAAGGAAACAGAGGGUGAAGAUGGUGCCUUCCAUCUCACUGGCGUCUGGCAGGCUCGUAGGCAUAUUGCACCAUGGCACUUACGACGGAGGGGCGCACUUGCCAUCUUACGACUUGAGGAAGGUGCGGUUGGACUACGCAAAACAUGCUCUUGGUGUCCAGACAAAUAAGAAGAACUAUUCUAUUUACCUCUACGAAGCAUCUUCUCUUCUACCUUUCUUUUUGUGACGCUGCUCUCCUCUUCGUCUCAGACCCGAGCCAGCCCUAUUCCGGUCUAUUCCAUGCGCCCAUUUGUGGGAAGAUGGAUGUUACUUCGAAGAUGGAUGACGUAAUUUACCACUGGCUUUCAAAGGUUGACUCGAGACACGGUUCCCCCGGUCGUCCAAAGUCUUCUUUCACGCGACGGAUGGACCCUUUAGACACGAAUCGAAUCGACGAGCUAUGCGAGACGCGCAGCAAGGGAAAUGAACGAGGUCAUGGUACAGAACCCAUAGUCAAAAUUAGCCACGCUCCUCAGAUAGACCAUAACGGGUCUUUGCCCCUUUCAGGCGACCGACAUCUCAUAGCGACAAUGAACGAUAACAGAGAAGUCUCAGAUUCUAUUCCAGGAAUGCAAACCUGGAAUGGCACCAUGUCCGAUGCACACGCAAGAGUUCAUGACGAUGGCAAACCUCGUACAGGUGCCACAGAAAAAAAGGCCGGUCUACAGGGCAAUACUUCACAGACUCACGUUACUCCUAACCAUGAUUUGAAAAAUUCUAAUCCGCUGCUGUCAAAUGUCAUAUCCAGAGGUUCCUAUGACCGUCGCCCGAGAUACAAAACUCGACCGGAUCGGUAUGUACUCAAGGAUACACACCCCUCGGCAACACCCUCAGGCUCUGGGACUAAAGCCCGGAAGUCAUCACAAAUUGAUAAUGUCGUUGAGAAUUUAUCCAAGAGUACAAGAUAUCCUUCUUUCCUACCGACUUCUACUGGGGCUAGCCAACCCCCUGGAACGUCCACUGCUGGCAAAGCAGCAUCCGUGACUGCUGUAACCCAUAGACCCUCUGUAUCUUUGGGUAGUUCUGCAGAUAAUGAAAAGGAAAAAGUUCAUAAAGUGAGGAAGCGGAGGAAGGAAAAUAGGCUCGAACAUAAGUUUAGAGCACCAAACAUUACUCAAGACCGCCUCAGCUUACCAGUGAAUCAUGGAGUGGGAUUUCUUAGUAGAGCGCGAGGAGGCCAUAGAGGAAUACCUGACCUCAGCUUUUCAGAGAUGGGAUUCCUUACCAAUGUUGGUAAGCGUCCAAGUGAAAAGGACCCAACCAGACCCAACUGUGCGAAGCGGGUAAAGAAAGACGAGGACCAAGGGCGAAUAUCUCGAUAUUUUUCAAAACAAACAGCAGAACCCUUAAUCCAGGAAUGCUAUUCGACUGAGCGAAGCGCUCCCCAGGCUUUGACACGUCAACAUAAUUCUCUCCCAUUACAUCCAGAGGUUGUUGCGAACGGCUCAGCCGGCACUGAACCCCCAGCCCCAUUCGUCGCAGGUUCCGUCCUGCCAAAAGCAGGUGCAAGGCUUCUUAGUGAGGCCAGUCUGAACCCCUCUAGACCUACCUCUAACCCUCUCCUAAGGCAAGCCAACCCGCCGAGACAUUGGCUGCCUCAAGAUGUAUCUCGAAUGCUUGAUAGCAGACGUGCGAUGUUGGUGGCGACGAAAACCGCGCGCAAUAUUGCCAUGCUUGACCAAUGUAGAAAGGCAGUGCAACAUGCAGCCCAGAUGGUGAGCCAUGAAGACAGGGUUCGAAUCGACGCAGAAGUCAAAAAAGACUACCCGAUUGCCAAGCUGGUGUCAGGGUUUUCGCUCCAGCAGACGAAGCGAGCGAUAGAAAAAGUGAUAAGAGGUGAAAAUCAGGUCUUAGCUGAAAUCUGCACUCUGUUUGACUCUGAUUCGGAAAACACGGAUUUCAAUGAUGCAUUCGAAGAAGCGCAAGGUGCUGGCUCUGCCAACGGACCAGCAAGUUCAGCUCCAGGUCUUCAUCCCAGUGGGUCUUUAGCCACCCAUCCCACAUCUAAUACUUUCCAAAGGCGACCCUCUUCUCCUGGGAUAAAGGGUUCUCCGAAAGCCCAUCGAAAUACAGCUUCAAGCUCUGACCUCAGCCAAUACCAGCCGAGUGCUAAUGAAUGCAAUCCCACUUUUCCGGCUUCACACAUAUUAACUUCAGACGCUAUCACCAUUAGCCAACCUCAUGUUCAAGCCCUGCCAGGAGACAAUGAGCGCGUGUCUCAGCAAGAGGGAACUUUUGGAUCCGUCCAAUUGUCAGUACCGGUUCUCGAUUCAACUCACGAGCUAACGGCAAAAAGUAUGGCGAAUCCUUCCCAAUGUCAAUUUGGCCAAAAUAUGAACGACGACAUUUCUGUAAUGGGCCCUUCCGUCAGCAUUGGCCUCAGUAAUAUCCACCCAUCCAAUAACUAUGGUUCUGAGAGCAAUCAGGCGUGGCACUUAGAAGUCAAUACAGGAAAACCACAGCCCGUAUGUCUACAGAAUGCAACAAAACCGGGCCAACCAUACAAACCAGAAAUUGAACCAUCUACAAACGAUAGUCUCCACGGUUUAGUAGACGCGGCAGGUUCCAUGGUCAGCAGUGCUCAGUGUCCCAGCCCCAUGCGAGCUGAAAGCAUCCGAAACCGCCUUGUCUCACAAGGACCAUAUGCAACUCGGCCACUCUGCUAUAUUGGGCCAAUGGUUUCAGCAAAUCCAUUGACAGUAAAUGCAGAAGGACCUUCUUACAGUGUGACCCGGUAUACCGAACAAGCUAAUAGCCAACACUUGUCUACUAACCAUUCGCCCUGCGUUAAUCGCGGUGAUCGACCUACAACACCGGCAUUAAGUCUACGAAGCGGGCUCUCUAAUAUCCAAAGCUGCGAUACCGGCUGGGUAUCCGAAAGUCACCCAGCAAAACUUAUUGAACAUUAUCUUCGGUUUGACCCGAUUAAUAUUCAACACCGUCAUCGGGAGCCCGACUUGCUCCAUGCUACAGCCGGUUCUCCGACUGUAGGACGUACAUCAACUGCGUCCAGAUCUAGCAGGACCGUUCCUUCAACCACGUCUUGGUACAAUAAGCAAACCAUGCCUUGGACUGCAUCAAGCGCAGCCCAAAAUACACAACCAAUUUUGAAUUUGCACCCGGAUUUUGUUCAUCGGGAUUUAUUUCCUAAAUCAUCUGAAUUUUGCUCAGCCCCUCUCCCACCGAGUUCUCUCCCCUUUUCAUAUCCCAAUAAGCUUCAUUGAAUACUUCUUGAUCUUUCUCGCCUCUUGGGCUACCUUCAGAGGUGCCUUGGGGACGUAAAUCAUUGUGUUCUAUUGUAUGACGAGCUUGGUUCCUUCUUUACUCCAGGUUGUUUCUACCCUUAUUCAAUUAUCCGAAGUAUCACUUUUACAACUCCUCUCCUCUUUUUCUAAAACUUCAUAAAGGGAGAUGUCUGCCCGCCCCGAACAUACCCAUGAGUCUAGAGGUAUUCUGCUAGCACAGUCGUCGCUUGUUGCUCCAGUGGAUAUUAUAUCGAUGGUAAUUAGCAAAUUCCAUUUAGUAUACACGAAUAAACUUUGCAAACGCUGCUCUUGUAAUUUUGUGAAUCUUUGCUGCUGGGAAGAUUCGUCUCCAGUAUCUCUAGGCUCCUAGGAAAUUCAGUCAUUUGGCGACAUUAGCCACCGAGUGCCUCAAUCUAAAUGGGAAGUUUACGGCGAAGGUAGACAGAUCCUUUGCAACGCACGUCAGCAGUUUAUUGUUCCUCGCUUCAUUUAGCAGAGUAGGUUGCAUCUAUCACGUCAAGCCUGAGUAAGAGAUCCGGCCCAAUAUGUCUUCAUUCUUCAUUGGACGAUAGUGGGUUGGAGGGGGGG